AUGGACAAUAAUGAUAAGGAUUCUUCUGUAGGAAAAAGACUGAUGGAGAAUGAUAUCAUAGAUGACAGCUUAUUAGCUAUUAAUCCACACAAAUUUGAUGAUCCAACACUCAAUAUUCUAACAGAUGUGUUAACAUAUGAAUGGAGGAAAUGCAAUAUGAUCUUAAAAAUCACCAAUUCCACAGGUCAGAAACUUACUACUAAUGAAGAGAUUGCUCAUGAUGUUGUUCAAUACUUCCUCAAUAUGUUUACUAGCAGACAAACUGAUAAAACUCCAAUUAAGAUAGAUCUUUUCUCUGACUGCCUGCAAUAUGUUGAAGGUAUAAAUUUGACUAGUAUUUCUUUGAAGGAAGAGAUAAAGCUUGCUUUAGAUUUUAUUGAUGGCCAAAAGGCGGCUGGGCCAGAUGGAGGCUUUAAUGGAGAGUUCAUUAAUCUGAUUCACAGAUGGCUGAAGUGUAAUGCUCAUUCAGUGUUGAUUAAUGGGAAAUGCCAUGGUUUUUUCAAUGCUUCUAGGGGAAUCAAACAAGGAGACCCCUUGUCUCCUACUAAUUUCAUUCUAGCGCUGGAUUACUUCUCUAGAUUGUUGAAUAAGUUGUUGCUUCACCUCAUUUGA